AUGUCCACGUUGAAACACAAUUCACUUAUUUACAAUCCUCUAGAAAUGUUAUUCUGCCCAGCAACAUGUGAUGUCCUGUGUGCACAGGUUUUUGGUUGGUCAAUCAAGAAUCUGUUUUCACCCGGAGAUGGACGUUACGGAUAUGUUCUCCUUUUGUGCCGUUCUACUUUAAGGGAUCCACAGGAGAUGGAGUUAAUAUACUCUAUCAAUUACAAUAAGCUUGAAUUGCUGCGAUUCAAUAGUACUCUUAAUAAAGUAGUAGGAUAUACCGAUUUUGGAAUAAAAUAUGCAGAGGAUCUUAACAAUAGAACAGAAUGGUUGCACAAUCAAGCGUCUAAGGCUCUGGCGGAUUGUAGACGAUAUGGUAAUCAGUUCUUUCCUUAUCUGAAUGUAACAGUAAAGCCACAUGUUCAGCUCAGGUCAGUCAAGCAGGUCAGAGGCGAUCAUCCUGCCAUGUUAAUAUGCAGUGCCUACGACUUCUACCCCAAACUCAUCAAACUGACCUGGUUGAAGGAUGGCAAACCAGUGACCUCUGAUGUGACCUCCACUGAGGAGAUGGCUGAUGGUGACUGGUACUACCAGAUUCAUUCCCAUCUGGAGUACAUCCCAAAAUCAGGAGAGAAGAUCUCUUGUAUGGUGGAGCAUUCCAGCUUCAGUAAACCCAUGGUGUAUGACUGGGAUCCCUCACCUCCUGAAUCUGAGAGGAAUAAGAGUGUGAUUGGGAUUUCUGGGCUUGUGUUGGGCAUUACCUUAGCAGCUGCUGGCCUGAUCUACUGCAAAAGGAAAUCCUGUAGGAAGCCAGAGGUUCGAUCUAAUUUGCCACUCAGCGAGCCUUACUAAGUGGAAGUUUGCUUUUGUC